AUGUUGGAAGUUCGCCAACAUUCUCUGGCUGAGGAUUUUUUGUCUGCGGUAUUCCCCCAUCUCAAGGACGAGGAGGCGUCGGCCAACAUCGUCCUUGCCCACGCUUGGUCGUUGAGAACGACGUCGCCAGGCCGACUCGUGAGAGGCGACAUUCAAGCCCACGUCGGCGGGCUUCAGGAACCUUCUUCCUUCUGGAUCACUGUCUGGAAGCAUUCCAACCAGAAGAUGGAGGGAGCGUUCUUGAGUCUGGUCUUGUCGUGCGUGUGUGGAGAGCUAGGGAAUUAUCCUGUUUUCCUUUGGAUGCCUCGCAACAGACCGUUCCUGCUCGAGGGGGGCAUGGACGCUGUGAUCAAGGCCGCUGCCACUCAGUUCAUCUCUUUGGCGACUCCCAGGCGGGUUUUCUCCGUUUUUGGCGAGCGGUCAGUCGUGAAGGCUUUCGAGACGGUAUGGACAACGCUCACGGGCUUUCGAAAGGUCCCAGACCCUUACUACCACGCUGUACUUGGUGUAUGUACAGCUGAGUCCAUCCACAUCCUACAGGAUGACCUCCCCGCCUACGACACCAUCCGACUUGCCAACGACGACGACAAAGACGUAGUAGCGCUGAUGUGCAAAAAGUUUUCCGAAACAUCACACUUCCCUCUUACUACUGAAAGGGCAAUGAUAGAAUCGGGAUUGUUGAUCUCUCGAAAACAGUUGUUUGUCUACGAGUCGAAAGGGAGAAUCGUCUCCUUUUGCGCGACUACUCGGGCGACAGAGAAUGUUGCUGCAGUUACAAAAGUUUUUACUCUGAACAAGUCUAGGAACCAAGGGUUUGCGGAGCGACUGGUUCGUUACGCAACAAACAACGCCUUGACAGACGGGGGGAAAACCGCCGUGGUGCUCUAUGUGGGCGUCGAGAAUAGCGCUCGAAAAAUAUACGAUCGCAUCGGCUUCAUGGGAUUAUACCAGAAACCAAAUGUGGUAUUUGAGGAAGCUUUGGAGCUGGGCUUUAUUGAGACGGAGAAGGGUCAUUGGUAA